ACGAAAAGCCAGUCCAUUGCGUGCUUAAAAUACGGCGUCUAUCGAAGUGCAACCCAGCAGAGAAAUAUCUGUUUGCGGGCUAAAGCGACAGAGAACUUUGGAAAAAGAUCACCGGGCUGUACAAGACGUAGAAAUAUAAGAAAACCUCGGCCAAACAAAACCGCUACUUCUGUUGGAGCAACCGAUCAACAUGUCGAAUUCGACCGGAAACUCUACCAUGAGCCACCAGCAGACGCUUCUGGCCCUGACCGAAGCAUGUCACGCGUAUGUUCCUGGUUACGACCCUAGCUAUGGCUACAUACCGUCUAUGGCAGCUGGAAUCACCUUCUGUGUGCUCUUUGGCUUGUCAAUGUUUAUUCACACUGGCCAAGCCAUAUGGACGAAGCGAUGGUGGUGCCUAGUCUUUGCCCUUGGUGCUUUGACCGAAGUACUUGGUUGGGCAGGCAGAACAUGGUCAGCAGACUGUCCAUACAACGGAACUGCUUUCUUGAUGCAGAUUUCAACCCUGAUUAUUGCUCCUGUAUUCUUCACUGCUGGCAUCUAUAUCAUCUUAGGCCGCUUCCUCCAGAUUCUAGGACAAGAGUAUUCCUUUAUGAAACCGACCUGGUACCUCUGGAUUUUCUGCACAUGCGAUGUGCUGAGUUUGGUCAUCCAAGCCAUUGGCGGAGGUAUGGCGUCCGGACAGGCCAACUCGCCAAACGGUAACACCAAGCCUGGUACCGACAUCAUGGUUGCUGGUAUCAUCUUCCAGCUUGCCAGUAUCACCGUCUUUGUCUACUGCAUGAUUGAUUUCUUGUACCGGCUGCGUGUGGCGCCACGAGAAAAAAGACUCUCAAUCCGACCUCUCUUGCUUGCUAUGACCAUCUCAGUUGUGGUCAUUUAUAUCCGAAGCAUUUACCGUACCAUUGAGUUGCUGCAGGGAUGGUCGGGCUACCUGAUUACCCACGAGAGGUACUUUAUUGCAUUGGACGGUGCCAUGAUGGUGAUCGCUGUCGGCGUGUUCAACGUUCUUCACCCGGGCUGGCUGCUCCCGAAGCAGUCAGAUGUCAUGGUUGGACCAGAGGACGAGCAAAUUCCCAUGGAGGAGAGCGGCAAAGGUUCGGAGGCCGAGAGCGCAUGCUGAACUGCGCCUCAAAUCGAAGGAAUGUACGUCCCGUGAGGACUCCGGUCAUAGAAUCGUCUGGAUAUGUAUUUCAUGACGUAUGGGUCGUUCAUCAAAUUUAGACACUGUCUGUAAAUAGGGUUUUGUGGGACAUUUCUCUUGCUUUAUAAACUUUGGAGUCGGUUGACAAGAUAUAUAGGCUUUGGGAUCUCUUUUGUUUUAUAUCCUUUUUUUUAAAAAAAAAACAAUAAGACAAUUCAUGCAAGGAAUGGUUCAGAAAACAUUUGAUAUAGCAGGAAAAACAAUCGACUAUUUGUUUGAAGUUUGAUCAAAGAAUCC